AUUUUCUUGCAAAAAUAUUUUGCAAUUUUAUAAUCAUGCCCCGUAAUAUAUCCAAGUGCCAAGUUUUGCUGCACCAACUCCCUGCAGCUGCCGUGGGGAGGGGCUGGUGUGCCAUGCCAAGCCUCGCUCAAGUGUGUGCUGAUGCUGGCAGUGUGAAGUGUGAAGCUAUGGAUGCUAGCGCUGCCUCCUCCGCUCCUGACGUUCCAAUUGUGUACGUCAAAGAGGAGUUAGAGGAAGCCAUGGAGCCAGUUUAUGUGAAGGAAAAGGUAGUGGAAACCAUGGAGCCAGUUCAUGUGAAGGAGGAGCCAUUCUAUUAUGAUGAAGAGGAGAGCGACAUGCGGCGGUAG